AUCCCUUUGCCUCAUUCCAAGCGCUUGGCUUUGCUUUGGUAGGUCUGCUCGCUCACCAGCUUGUCUCUUCUUCCUCGUCGCCUUAAAAGGGCCUCUGCGCUUUGCAGUGCGCUUUUCACUUCAGAGCCUCACUUCUCGAGACUUCGGAGAGAAGCCGUGGUGAGAUAGAGAUAGAGAUAGAGGGAGGAGAGGAUGGGGAGGAAGCUAGGGCUGGAGAGGGUGCUGGACUGCUUCUCGCUCUCGGUGUGCGCCAACGCCUGCGUCUGCGUGCACGCGGUGGAGGACGAGGACGAGGAGAACGAGGGGAAGGCCCUGGUGAGCGCGCAGCUGGACGAGCUGCACAAGCUCAAGGACUUCGGCGGUGGGGCUAAGACUCUUGCCUUCCAUCUGGAGCCAAAGACAGUGGAGCUGAGGGUGUCCAUGCACUGCUACGGAUGCGCCAGGAAAGUUCAGAAGCACAUCUCCAAGAUGGAAGGUGUGUCGUCGUUUGAGGUGGAUUUGGAGAACAAGAAGGUGGUGGUGACGGGGGACGUGACGCCCUAUGAGGUGCUGCAGAGCGUCUCCAAGGUGAUGAAGUUUGCGGAGCUGUUGGUGGCCCCCAAGUCCCCGGCUCCGAGUAGAUAGACGAUGAUGAUGAUAAGCUGAUAGGGUGGGUGUGACACAUUUCACUGAUGAUAAAACCAAAUAUAUAUGCCAUGAUUGUCACGCAUGGCACGCGUACGUGGCAGCACACGCAAGCAUGGCAAGGAAGAAACUAUUUGGAAGAUUGUAACUAGGAGAUCAAGGAAAAAGAGGGUGGUUUGGGUCUAA